UCAAACAAUUAAUUACUAAAGAGAUAUAAAACGUAAAUAAAUUUUCGAAUUAAGAUAAACUAAUUCUGGUAGAAAAAUCUGUAGGUUAUUAGAAAAUUAUGUUCGUGCCUAAAAAAUUAUCCAAUAAAACUGAAAGAUUUAAUGCAGUUAAGAACUAAACAAUGCAUUACAUUCUAAGUGAUAAUGCUAAAAUAAUAAUUGUCGAAAUAUGAUUAUGAUAUAUAAAUAUUUACACUCAUUUGCACUAUUACAGAUGCCAUACAUUUUGGUACGCGGUAAUCUUGCAUCAUAUAGUCAUAGAUAUCCAUGGAGGGUUUUAGUAUCUGGUCUUAAAGCAUCAGAUAUAGAACAAUUGACUCGGUUUGCAUCUGGGGGAUACUGUGAUGACUCAACAAUAGUAUACCUGCAACAUCCUUGUGUAAUAUUAACUGCUUUAGAGGUGCUUGGUUAUAAAGUUGUUGCAUGUUCGAGCACCAGUGUUAAACAAGACUAUAAUGAAUACAUGUGGACUAUGAGAAAAGAUUUUUCUGAACCAGAACCCGAAUCUGUUAUUCAGCCAGCAAAAGACGACGAACUCUAGCGAUCCUUUUAGCUGAACAAUAUCACAAUCUGAGACAAUGGCGCAAGCAGUAAUCGGAAAAGCGUUAGCCAACGCAAUAAACGACGAGAAUUACUAUUACAUAGGAGUAAAAGCCUCCCCUUUUGCGAAGGAUUCUGUUGUUUUUGGCUUG